AGCCCCACACCUCCCCUUUCAGACCCACAACUCCCCCCCAGCCCCACAAAUGCCCCUUCAGAGCCGCAGCUGCCCCCCAGCCCCGCCCCCGUGCCCGCCGCUGACGCAAGGCCGCGGGGUCACGUGCGUGGCCAGGCCACGCCCCGGCCGCCAUCCCGCGGCCCCGAGGGGCGGGGCACGCGCAUAACACACGGGGCGGGGUCAUGCAAAUCAGGUUGUAGUGGGCGUGGUUUGGUGACGUAUCGCCGGGGGCGGGGCAUGCAGCGGGAGCGGCGGCGCGCGCCAUGGGGCCGGAGGAGCCCGACCUGUACCGGGACACGUGGGUCCGAUACCUGGGUGAGCACCGGCAACCGGGCACCGCCCUGGCACCGGGAACCGGCAAUCGGGCACUGACAUUGAGCGCUGACACCGGGAACCGGCAGCGGGCACUGACAUUGAGCGCUGACACCGGGAACCGGGCACCGGCAGCGGGCACUGACAUUGAGUGCAGAGCACUGACACUGGGUAGAGGCGCCGGGAGCUAUGGGAGCGCCGGGAACCGGGCACUGACACCGGAAACCGGGUACCAGCAUCGGGCACUGACACCGGGUUAUGCCAACGAGGUGGGCGAGUCCUUCCGCGCGCUGGUGCCAGUGCCGGUGGUGUGGGCCAGCUACGGCGUGGCCACCGCCUAUGUGACCGCCGACGCCAUCGACAAGGGCCGGAAAGCCGCCGCCGCCCACGCACAGGACCCCACGCGCGUGGGGGUGGCCGUGGUGGACACCUUCGUGUGGCAGAGCCUGGCCUCGGUGGCCAUCCCCGGCUUCACCAUCAACCGGCUGUGCGCCGCCUCGCUGGCCCUGCUGGGCGCCCUGACCCGCUGGCCCCUGCCCGUGCGCCGCUGGACCACCACUGCCCUGGGGCUGGCUGCCAUCCCCCUCAUCAUCACCCCCAUCGACAGGACUGUGGAUUUCCUGAUGGAUUCCAGCCUCCGCAAGCUUUACAGGACACCAGGAGAGCCCCCGACGUCCCACUGAGCACCGCCCUGCGCGCUCUGGGGAAACUGAGGCAUGCUGCUGUGACCCACCUACUGUGACCCCUCACUCUGGUGACCCCCAGAGUGGCCACCCUGCCCCACACUGGUCCUAAUAAACCAUUUCAAACAC